AUGAAAAAGUAUUAUGAAUAAAAAGGAUUAAAUGUUUUUGAUUUCUUGCCUCAAACUUAUCAUAUCAAAAAUAAAGUGGUGGAUCUAUUUGUCUAUAAAAUCCGAAUAAUUCUAUUUGGAUUGUUAAACCUGCCGAAUUUACUAAUAGAGGUCAUGGAAUUCACAUAUUCAAGACAAUAAAUGAAGUCUAAUAGUUCUUAAGAAGUAUUCAUCAUCAUAAGAAUGGAGUCUAGAAGACUUUUAUUGUUUAAAAAUAUAUUGAAAAUAAAUUACUUUAUAACCAAAGAAAAUUUGAUAUUAGAUGAUAUAUCUUAUUUACUUCUAUCAAUGGAUAACAGAAGGGCUAUUGGAAUUAAAAUGGAUACAAAAGAACUUCUAGCUUUGAAUUCAGUUUGGUCAAUUUACAAAUCAGAUUGA